CUGACUCCCGUUGAAAAUAAAUAAAUAAAUGUCUACUCAAUCUCAUGUUUCGUUAAUUGAUUUAACAAAACAAUUUAAAUUUGAGAUUGAUGAAGAUAUAAAGAAAGAAAUAUGUUUUGAUGAAACAUUAAUAAUAAGUUGUGGUCAUAACGAGGGUGAGUUUACCGAGGAAUCAUCUGAAACUGAAUUGUCGUGUACCGAUUCAACGGCAAGUAAAGUGUCAGAAAGUAGAAAAGACGAUGAAAUAGAGCUUACGAAACAGGAACCAGAAGAGGAGCAACAAAAACCUCCCGACGAGGAAGAAGUAGAUGAUUUUCAUUUUUAUUUCUUCCCUGAUUGUAAUAAACCUGUUCCACCACAUGAUAGUUUGGUAAGCUGCACAACAGAAGACGGUUUUCCAAAAAUUAAUCCAAAGCUUCAAAAAGGUUCAGUACAAUGUACGUGCAAAAUUGACAAAAAGGGAGAGUGUCCUUGUCACUUUAAAGUUCCAUGUCGAUGCGGUGCUAAAAAACGUGCCGAUUGCAGUUGUCUUCAAGUUGAAAAUAUUUGUAUAUGCGAUGAAGGAAAACCUCAACUUGUGUGCAAAUGCAAUUCCAGCAAAGUAUGUUUGUGUCAUGACGGCAAACCUCGUCCUAUUUGCGAUUGCGAUCAAGUUGACAAACCAUGCAUAUGCAAUCACGGAAAGUAUCCUUGCCCGAUUUGUGUCUGCGAAUUUAAGCCAAGAGAAGUAAAUAAUAUUUAUAAAGAUGUGAUUCAAACAGAAGAACUCGGCGAGGCUGAAAUGAUUACAAACGAAGAAUAUUAUUCUACUCCCAUGACAACUCCAAAACCGUGUACUUGCCAAGAACCUUCGCCAAAACCUGUUUGUUUCUGUAUGAAAGGGAAAGAGUGCUUGUGCAAAGGUGGAGAGUGCAGCUGUGGUGUUCCACCAAGCUGCAUUUGUGAACCUUCUGAAAGUGGCCGAAUAGCUUGCGAUGACGAUGACUCCAAAACAGUUUGUGUUUGCCCAGCUGAGCAAGUUUGCACUUGCGAUACUAAUUCACCUGAUCAUUGCAAAUGUUUUCCAAAUCCGAUUGACUGUACUUGUGGGGAACCAGAAAAUUGUGUUUGUAACAAAGUUUGUGACUGUAUUCCACCCUGUAUGUGUAACUUUAAACAAAAAAAGAAGGAUUUUUGUACCUGUGACGAAAAUAGAACGGAAAUUGCUGGUGGGCUUCUUUGUACAUGCCUACCUAAAAAAGAGAAAGUGACAAAGUUAAAAAGAGUGAGAGCUGGUAAACAUGGCUUCCGAUGGUGUCCAGAUGUAGAUCCGAAGCAUAAUUAUUUUGGCUACUCUUACGAUAGACAUGAUAAAAUAUCGUUUAAGGAACAAGAAAAGGAGAAGUUAAAAAUUUUAGGACUAUACGAGGAGCCAACUCAAGAACAAGAAGGUACCUGUCCUGUUCAUCAGGCAAUAGCCCCAGAAUUCAAGAAGAAGGUUCGCAAACCUUCGUUAGAUUGCUGCAGCGGUGUUGGAGGUAUAAGCAUAAGCGUCCAAAGUCUAGGUGAAGAUAAAGGCAAGUUUCUUGUUCAAGUGGUAUCUCACGCAUCUAAAGAAGGCGCUAAAACUGGCACCAAGCUCGUCAGCAUCUUGGAUUGUAAUCUACAUACUUUGGAAGAGAACAAAAAUGAGCAUAUAACAAAGAAGGAUCUUACCAAGGAGCAACGCAGCUAUAUGACGAUCUGCGAAAGCGGCUAUUACAAUAAAGUGACUCGUAUUUGCGGCGAGCGACAUUAUGUGAAACGACUCUAUCACUCUUUCGAUGAUGCCCGUAACUUUUUAUUGGAAGGUGCUAAUGUGGUGCUUCUCCGAUAUAUUGGGCUGAGCAGAUACUGCGGUCACAUUAAAACCGAUACGGUCCUGAUCGAUGGUACUAUAUGUGAAAGCAUUUACGUAAGCUUGGGUGUAAGUCAGGCGAUUGUAAACGGGAAGCCAUUAUUCGUCGUGAAAGUCGAGCGUCAUAUUAUUGAGCCGUCUGGAUUUAUUCAUCAAACAUUGACAGUUCUUACGCUGAGAGGUUACAUGGUGAGCCACGAGUGGGCGGAUACCAGUUACAUAUUUCAUAUUAAUCCACUGCUGCGGAUAGUUCCCGAAAAGGAUGAAAUAGAGCCGCACGAACCCCUUCGGGAACAUUGGCGGAGCGAUUUACAGCUGUUUUCAGACUAUCUGGAUUAUAAGAGUACGCGGUCAUCAGAAGGCGCUAAGUACGUGACAGAGAAUGGUGAGCUGACGGGUUUAAUUCGCGACUAUCUUCAGACGCUGCUUAUGCUGCGACCUCAUGAUGCACUGCAAUUCACAAGCAACUACUUCGGUUCGACCCUAUCUGCUUUGGACUUACCACACGAUGAGUAUUUUGAUCCUCGUGCGAGACAUGUCAGAUAUUACUUUUUUGAAGAGUAAUUAAAAAAUAAACCUAAAUAAACUUAA